ACUGACUAAGGAUGGACCCAGUGGAUACAUACUCAUCGGUAUCUGUGCUCCCUCUGUGCAGCCGGGCAUCCCCAGAGUGCCGGAGAUGAAGGAGAGGGUCUUGUUGUGCUCGGCUUUGAGGGCCUGGACGGCUGGUGUGGCCUCGGGAGGGAUGUGGACGGGGGCAGAGGGGGAGAGAGGGAGAUGGUGGGAGAGCUGAGUGAGUGAGCGACAGGAGAGGAUGGCUAUGCAAGGGGUAGGCGUGGCGGCUCUCUCUUCUUUCUCCCCCUGUGCGUGUGUAUUACGAUGCCAGCGACCCACCAUUCUUGUGUGGUAUCCCUGAUCCUCAGCAGAUGCCGCAGCUGGCUGCUGCGGUCCCUGAAGAGAGAGAAAGGUGCAAGGAACAAUGACACGCACCCAUCAUGGAUGGCGAUGGAUGCAUCAGGGGCAAAGUGCGUGCGUCCCUUGCCAGCCCGUGCGACCUCACCUGUGUGUGUGUAGCUCUUUUUGCGGUGCCUCCACCUGCUCCUGAAGGUUCGCGCCGCACCGCCUCCACCUGACGCACACUCUCAGCCUGCAAUCUGCACACACGAAAACCAGCAACACAACACACACGCGCACAUCCUCCAUGCGCACAGAGAGGGACCUUCCCUGCAUCAGUGUAUCCUACUUGUGCACUCUGUCCAGUUCGGUCUUCCACUUGCGCUUCCAGUUGUCCCGAUCGGCCUCGAGCUGGCGGUUGGUGGUCUCGCGCUUCUUGGCGUCAGCUUCGGCCUGUUUGAUAAAGCGGCUCAGCUGCUCGGUCCGCACCUCGGCGUCCGGCGCCUCGUGGCAGUGCGGGGCGUGAGGGAGGGGAGACCCCCUCGGCAU